CAGUCCGAAUCAUGACUUUGUUAGAUUUGGUUGAUAUCAUUUUAGGCAACCAAACGUUGCGCGCGGCGAUGCUUUUUCAUAAUUUAAUAAAGAUUAUUAUAUUACGUAUUUCUGCUAGAUAAGAAAAUAGUCGAGGACAUUAAACUACAAAGAACAAACAUAGAUCAGUAGUUCAUUUAGUUUACCUAAUAACAAUAACUAGGCGUUAAGAAACAACCUUUUCCGAAGACGUAAGAAUUAAAUACUAUUUUUAAUUAUACUAUACCUCGCUAUAGACCAGUAAAAUCACACACAAACAUUCUACAUAAUGGUGCAGCGAACGAAGGUCUUUGUUGGAAACAUUGUUCAUUGUAAUAAGCCAUUUACUGUGCAAACGUUAGAGAAAGGUUUUGUCGUUGUUAAUGAAAAAGGAAAGAUAAUUGCUGUAGACAACUUAAGCGCCUUGGACAGUUGCAAGGAUAAACUAGGAUCUUUUGAAGAAAUUCUUUUGAAUGACAAUCAGCUUCUUAUGCCUGGAUUUGUGGAUACUCAUUUUCAUGCACCCCAAUACCCUAACGCCGGUUUAGGGUACGAUAAACCCCUUUUGGACUGGCUACAAACUUACACAUACCCUUUAGAGAAAAAAUAUAGCGAUACAGAGUUUGCUAAAACCGUAUAUGACGCUGUGGUGAAGCGAACUCUUGCAGCAGGUUCAACAACAGUCAGUUAUUUUGCUACACUUCAUUUAGACAGCAGUUUAUUAUUGGCGGAGGCAGCUAUCAAAUUUGGCCAAAGAGCUUUCAUAGGAAAGGUCAAUAUGACAGAAUUGGCUCCGCCGGAUUAUGUCGAAAGUCCAGAAGAUACGAUUUCGAAUACCUUAGAAUUCAUUCAUAAACUCGUUGCUAAAAAGUGCCACCUAGUGCAGCCUAUUGUUACCCCAAGAUUUGCCUUAAGUCUUGACCUGAACGAUCUGAACAAGUUGGGACAAAUUGCCAACAAAUUUGACUUAAAUAUACAAAGUCACAUUUCGGAAAACAAAGCUGAAGUAGAAAUGGUUCGUGACAAAUUCGAUGACUUACUAUACGCCGAAGUUUAUGAUAAGACUUCGUUGCUGACAAAUAAGACUGUUUUAGCACACGCAAUUUAUUUGACCGAUUCGGAAAUAGAAUUGCUUGCGGAAAGGAGCACCUCUGUAUCUCAUUGUCCUGACUCAAACACCUGUUUAAAGUCGGGACUAUGCGAUGUUAAGAAACUCUUAAAAGCUGGAGUUAAUGUCGGUUUAGGAACAGACAUUUCUGGUGGAUAUUCAACGUCAAUAAUGAACGCGAUGCGUUCAGCAGUUGCGGUAUCAACUCAUGUGUCUUUUGAGAGGGAAGACUAUGAUCCUUUAAAUGUAUAUGACGUGUUUUAUUUAGCAACAAUGGGGGGAGCAAAAGCGCUUGCGUUGAACCACAAAAUUGGAAACUUCGAAAUAGGCAAAGAAUUUGAUGCGAUUGUAGGGGAAGUGCAGGAAUGCUUUCAUCCCCAUACGGCUUUGGAAUUACUUCAAAAAUUUAUUUACACCGGAGACGAUAGAAACGUAUUACAAGUAUAUGUUUGCGGAAAGCGUGUUAAAUAAUAUUAAAAACGCAAUGUACUUACUUGGUAAUUACAUAAGACAUUAUUUUAAGUUUGUACUUUUUUUAAAUAAAUAAUACACACGAG